GCCCAUAUGGGCGUGUCUACGCCGCACUUGUAGACACUCUGCCCGUUUUGGGUGAGGGCUAGAAAACAAUGACCCAGGAAGUCCGGUGAUGUCACCUUGGGCGGGACCCAGGGAUCACAGUUCUUAAGACACCACCCUCCCCGCUGCCCCGCCCCACUCACACGCAUAUGUGCACAAAUACUGCUACCAUUUUAUGAGUGAAUCACCAAGUCCUGCUUCUGUACCUGCUUCUAUGAGUUUUCAAUUUUUACCUACAUUAGGGUGCUCACGGACUUGGUUUCUGUCCCUUCUCAGCCCUUGUACGUGAACGCUGCAACCUAGGGAGGGGCAGGCGAUCCAGGGGGCGCUGCGCUGACUCGGGAACAGUGCGGGGAGUCCCCAUGGCCCCGCGGAUUGCCCCGGAAAUGGCCUCGGCACAGCUUGCGUGCUUUAAGCCCGGGGCCGUGAGCUUCGCGGACGUGGCGGUGUACUUCUCCCCGGAGGAAUGGAGGUGUCUGCGGCCGGCGCAGAGAACCCUGUACCGGGAGGUGAUGCGCGAGACCUACGGUCUCCUGGGCUCUGUCGGAGUCGGAGGCGCCAAACCAGCGCUCAUCUGCUGGGUGGAGGAAGAGGACGAACUGUGGGGACCUGGUGCCCAGGAUCCAGAAGUGGCCAUGUGCAAGACAGAAGUCUACUCAGAUUGCAGACAUGAGGAGGAAAGGAAGAGACCAGGGGAAGAGACUGAAGCAAUCCAGAAGACAUUUUCUACAGGAGCUGGGCCGAAGCAGCCACGCCCCUCCUUUGCUUCCCCUCCAUGCAGCUCGGAGCUACUGUCCAACGACUCUCAACAGGGGCACCCCACUGUUGUUGUGCACAACAUUAUCUUAAAAGCAGAUCAGCGUCAUGGGUGCCAUGUGUGUGGAAAGAGUUUUUCCCGACAGUCCAAACUGGUGGAGCAUCUGUACACUCACACGGGUGAAAAACCAUUUCAGUGCCCAGACUGCAACAAAUGCUUUGGCCGGGCUUCUUCCCUGAGCAUGCACCGAGCCAUACACCGAGGGGAACGGCCCCAUCACUGUCCUGACUGUGGGAAAGGUUUUACCCAGCGAUCCACAUUGGUGGCGCACAUGUACACUCACACAGGUGAAAAGCCAUUCAGUUGCCCUGACUGCAACAAAUCCUUCAGCCGGCCUUCUUCCCUGAGCACGCACCAGGCCAUACACCGAGGGGAACGGCCUCAUUGUUGCCCUGAGUGUGGCCGGACCUUCACGCAUCGCUCAGGCCUCAUUACCCAUCUCCGUGUCCACACUGGGGAGAAGCCUUACUGUUGUGCUGACUGUGGACGCUGCUUCAGCCAGAGUUCUGGGCUCCAUGAGCACCAGCGGGUGAUACACAGCGGCCUGACCCCCUUUGCCUGCACACAUUGUGACAGAGCCUUUGCCCGUGCCGCAUAUCUUCGAUGCCACAUGCGCACCCACACGGGUGAAAAGCCUUAUUCAUGCCCUGACUGUGGGCGCUGCUUUAGCCAGAGCUCUGACAUGGCAGCCCACAGGCGGAUCCACACUGGUGAGCGUCCCUACCCCUGCCCUCAGUGUGGCAGACGCUUUCCCACGAAGUCAGCUAUGACGAAGCACCAGUGGGUCCAUCGGACAGGAGCCAAAGGCCGUAGGGACAGAAAAGACAGCCAGUUAUCUAUAUCCCUGGGCACUGACCAAGUGGACACAGAUCCACCUGUGGGCUUCCAGCAUUACCCAGAGAUAUUCCAGGAGUGUGGGGGAUGGUCUUAAAAGUGCCAACAUGCUGGGCAGUGGUGGCGCAUGCCUUUAAUUCCAGCACUUGGGAGGCAGAGGCA